AUGGUGCUCGAUAUAGAACUUCUCAUUGGUAAAGGCAACAGCUCAGCAAUAAACUACUAUUUACACCACAAAGAAAUAGAUAAAUAUAAAUUAGCAUUCUACGCUUACAAAGACAUGACUGGUCAUAUACCAGAGACAAACUUUGUGAUGAGACGAACCAAUGUAUCCUAUAGUACAUCAGAACCCCAAGGACUUGGAAAAGUGAUUACAGACAAUGUCACAAACAAUACAAAAACAGUUACCUCUGUCCAGUAUGUUCCAGUUUUGUAUGAGAAAAAUGAUGUGCAAAAAAGGAAUACAAGCAGUUCAUAUAUUGAGGAGCAGACCAUGAAUCCCGCCGGGAAAACGUACCUUUCUGCCCUUUUAUAUGAGAGAAUGGAGACAAAGUUACCAAUUUCCCAAAAGCUCGAGUUGAUGUACCCAUAUGAUGCAUAUACACGGUUUGGUCUUGAAUGGAAGGGCAUUGUGGAGGAAUACGAACAUGCAUAUAGUCAUUUAAAAACAGAAGAAAAGAAAAGCAGUGUGCCAUUCAUUCUUGGUAAGGAAACCUUUUGGAUGUCAUCCACGGAAAAAAGUAGGGCAUACUUUUACGAAAACGAACUGCACUUUAAAAAAGGCGAUCAUAUACAUGUAGUCGUAGAAACAUAUGAUAAAUAUGACAACAGACGAAACAAAGGUGGAGAUAUGUUCCAAGCUGUCAUGUCAAAUACACAGCUACAGAAAAGCACUGCAGGGAGAGUAUAUGACUAUGGAAAUGGUACAUAUUCUAUCUAUUUCUAUGCUGCAUGGUCUGGAGAUGCAUAUAUUUCCGUGUACUUGUUGUUCACAAGAGAGUUGAUACUACACUUCAACAGUGAACGACUAAAAGAACAGCGUAUACCCUGGACGGGUCAUUUCGGCGAUGGUGUCAAAAAAGAGACUACUGCUUGUUCAUUACUUCGUGAAGGAGUGUGGGCAGAUAAAUGUACUUACGGAAAUGAAAAUUCACUAGGCGGCACUGUUUUUAUAUGUGAUAAACCGAAGUCUUUUUCUUGUCAACAACUUGUGAACGCUACAUCUGGUAUAGCUGUUCUUGAAGAAGUUGCAGAACAGGAAAAGAGAAAAAUUGCUCACUUAUUUAAAGGGAAAGAACAAACCCGACUUGCCUGCACUCCUCUGGCGAUAAAAAUAACAGAUUCAUCUUUCAAGUUACCAUCUCUUCCACCAUGUGGCCCAGACUUGCCGAUUCCUAUUUCCGAUGGUUACUGGUCAGAUAACAAUACAUAUGUUUCAUUAGUAUGCAAAAGUCAACAGUGGACUCCUGUCCAGGUUAGAAAAUGCUUAUCUAACGUGGCUAUACGAUUAUGUGGUGACUCGACCAUCGUUCAGAUUAGACAACGACUUAAUUGGUUCCACAAUCACACAGAUAUAAUUUCAGGCAAAGGAUUUUUUUCAGUAGGGCCUAAUCCAGUUUAUUUUUGGGACUUUACCUUUGAAAGUGAAUUCCUGGACAGAAUUACUAAGGAGCAUUGUGCGUCUAAAAAGUAUGUGGUAAUGAUGAAUAUAAUGUUUCAUUAUGCAUCUUGGUCACUUCGUUCCUACAUCGACAGACUGUUUGUAACCAAAUUUGCGGUUCAAAGAUUGUUGAAGCGAUGUCCAACAGCAGUAGUUAUAUUCAAGUCCGCGCAUGCUCGAGAUAAUGUCAAUGGAAAUCAGUGUUUACACAGUAGUAACUGGGUAUUCUACGACAUGGAUCGUAUGAUAAGGAGUGUGUUUAGUGGCAUAGGCGUACAUUUUCUCGGAGUUUGGGAUAUGUGUCUAUCGCAUUUUUCUAAGCCUAAUGUCCACAUGUCUCAAUAUGUAAUCGAACAAGAGGUACAGCUUAUGUUUUCCUAUAUAUGCCCCGAAUUAGUAGAAGGAUAA